AUGGAGAAGACCUACUCAUUGACGGCCCACUACGACGAAUUUCAGGAGGUGAAGUAUGUGAGCAAGUACCAGAGCGGCACCCUGCCCAACGGCUUCGCCCUCCAGCUGGGCACCGGGGCGAAGAAACGCCGCGGGGGGCUGCCACGCUGGAGCCGCCGGGAGGUCUGUCUGCUCUCCGGGCUGGUGUUUGCUGCGGGGCUCUGCGUCAUCUUGACGUGUAUGUUGGUCCUGAAGUACCUGGCGGCUGAAGGGGACAGCUAUUGCCUGGAGGGGUGCCAGGAGAAGAAGGCCUUCCUGCGGGCAUCCCGCUUCCUCAGCGCCAACAUGGAUGCCACCAUCGACCCCUGCCAGGACUUCUACUCUUUCGCCUGUGGCGGCUGGCUCCGGCGACACGGCAUCCCUGAGGACAAGCUGGUAUACGGCACCAUCGGGGCCAUCGCCGAACAGAAUGAGGCCAAGCUGCGGGCGCUGCUGAGCCGCCCCGUGCGGCGCCGAGCCCCCGGCUCGGCCGAGGGGAGGGGCGGCGGCUGGGACGCCCCCCCGGGCCGUGGGGACCUCAAUGAGCUGCUCUACAAGACGCAGGGGGUCUACAGCGCCGCUGUGCUCUUCUCCCUCACCGUCAGCCUGGACGAGAGGAACACCUCCCGCUACGUCAUCCGGAUUGACCAGGAUGGGCUCACUCUGCCCGAACGGACCCUCUACCUGGGUCAGGACGAGGAGAGCGAGAAGAUCCUGGCUGCCUACCGGGUGUUCAUGGAGCGGCUGCUCACCCUCCUGGGGGCUGAGCACGUGGAACAGAAGGCCCAGGAGAUCCUGCAGCUGGAGCAGCACCUUGCCAAUAUCACAGUGUCUGAGUACGACGAUGUGCGGAGGGAUGUCAGCAGCAUGUACCACAAAGUGACCCUGGGUGAGCUGCAGCGCAUCACCCCCACGCUCAAGUGGAAGCGCUUGCUGGACCGCAUCUUCCACGACAACUUCUCGGAGGAGGAGGAGGUGGUGCUGCUGGCCACUGACUACAUGCACAAGGUGUCCGACCUCAUCCGCGUGACACCCAGCAGGAUCCUUCACAAUUACAUGCUGUGGCGCAUCGUGGUGGUGCUGAGCGAGCACCUCUCCACCCCCUUCCGCGAUGCCAUCCACGAGCUCUCCAAGGAGAUGGAGGGCAAUGAGAAGCAGCUUGAGCUGGGCAAGAUCUGCCUGAGCCAGGCCAACAAGCACUUCGGCAUGGCCCUGGGUGCCCUCUUUGUUGAGGAGCACUUCUCCUCUGCCAGCAAAGCCAAGGUGCAGCAGCUGGUGGAGGACAUCAAAUACAUCCUGGACCAGCGCCUGGAUGAGCUGGACUGGAUGGACGAGGAGACACGGAGAGCUGCCAGGGCCAAGCUCCGGUACAUGAUGGUGAUGAUCCGGGACCCCGUGCUGAAGCCGGAGGCCAUUGACAAGGAGUAUGAGUUUGAGGUGGAUGAGAAGACCUACUUCAAGAACAUCCUCAACAGCAUCGCCUUCAGCAUCAGGCUCUCGGUGAAGAAGAUUCGGCAGGAGGUGGACAAGUCUGCGUGGCUGCUGCCUCCCCAGGCGCUGAACGCCUACUACCUGCCCAACAAGAACCAGAUGGUGUUCCCCGCUGGCAUCCUGCAGCCCACCCUCUACGACCCUGAGUUCCCGCAGUCUCUGAACUAUGGUGGGAUUGGCACCAUCAUCGGGCACGAGUUGACCCACGGCUACGAUGACUGGGGGGGACAGUAUGACCGGCACGGGAACCUGGUGCACUGGUGGACAGAGCGGUCGUACAGCAAGUUCCUGAAGAAGGCGCAGUGUAUUGUCAACCUCUAUGACAACUUCACUGUCUACAAUCAACGGGUGAAUGGCAAACACACGCUGGGGGAGAACAUCGCUGACAUGGGGGGGCUCAAACUCGCCUACUACGCCUACCAGAAGUGGGUGCGGGAGCACGGCCCCGAGCACCCCUUGCACCACCUGAAAUACACCCACGAUCAGCUCUUCUUCAUCGCCUUCGCCCAGAACUGGUGCAUCAAGCGGCGAUCCCAGUCCAUCUACCUGCAGGUGCUGACGGACAAGCACGCCCCGGAGCACUACAGGGUCCUGGGCAGCGUCUCGCAGUUUGAGGAGUUUGGACGGGUUUUCCACUGCCCCAAGAAUUCGCCCAUGAACCCGGCGCACAAGUGCUCGGUGUGGUGA